AUUUAUCCUCUUUUUAUAAAAAAAUAUUUUUUUGGAUGCAUUGGGAAUUUCUCCUAGUUUUGGCAUUAAGCUUGAUAAAGGUUGCAAUUGAUUGAGGGAUUAUAUAUAUAUUUUUUCUUUUCCAUUUUCCUUUCCUUUUUGACUUAAUGGGUUUUGCUGCUUGUGAACCUUGGUUGGUUGCGUUGAAAAUGACUUGUACCAACUGUUCAUUCGUGGGUUUGUUUGGCAUUUACUAGCUCACAUGAAUCACAGUGACUUCGCUAACUAUUCAUACUUCUAUGCUCUUGCUUUUCAACUUCUCCUAGAUUUCCCAGCGCCAGUUUCAUCCUUAGUUUUUCAAAAAUAAACGUGUAAAAUAUUUUUAAUUUUUUUUUGCUUUAAUUUUCAGUUUAAGAACAUCAGAUUACAAUCCUAGAUGCUUGCAGACGUCUUGCAGAUAAACUAUCCCAACAUUUUUUUGAUGCUCAGUGUAAAAGUAACACCCCAUGGUUACAAGAUGUACUCAUCGGUUGCACAAUUAACCUUAAGCCUAAGUGAUCCCCUCGCCAAAUGUUCACAGACUGUCAUGAGAGGUCGUGGUUCAGAAAAUCGAUUGGACAUUGUGAACGAAUUUAGGAGCUGCAGCUCUCCCAUGUUAGAGGCAAGCAAUUCUAGUGAAGAUGCUGCAAACUUUAGUCCGUGCAGUAAAAGUGAUAGUUCCUAUCCUUACAAAUUGAAGCUUGAACAGGAUGUUGAGAGAUUGCAAAAACAGUUGCAAGAAGAGAUGGAACUGCGUGCAGUCCUGGAAAAUGCUGUUGAGCAUACUACUGCAUCAUUAUCUAGUCCCUCGUGCAUCCCACAAUAUGCCCAGGAACUCUUGUCCAAUAUUGCCACAUUGGAGGAUUCUGUUUCCAAACUGGAGCAAGAGAUGGUCUCUUUGCAGUUCCAACUUAGUCAAGAAAGAAAUGAACGGAGACUUGCAGAGUAUCAUUUGAAACAUUCACCUUCUCAGUCGCUAUUUCAUUGUUCCCCUGAAAGUAUGAAAGCACAGUGUUCAUCAUCUUUCAGCUGUAAUAAGCAUUUGACAUCUGAACGGCAUGUAAGCACUGAAGAACUCUCAUGCCAGGAUCGAGGAGAUCAAACAUCAGAAGCUAGUUGCAGAUCCUUUGACAUGUGCUUGGCAUCAGUGAAUGCUGUAGACUCUGGCAUGCUCCUUCAAGAUAACAAAACAUCCACACAAAUGCUUCAUCCUGAAGUUGUUGGGAAGCUUACAAAAGAUGUACCAAUUAAGGGCUUAUGGAAUCACCCUAAUCAGUUGUCAGAGGAGAUGGUUCGGUGUAUGAAAAAUAUUUUCAUCUCUCUUGCGGAUUCUUCCACUGUAUCAUCCAAACCAUCUACAUUAGAGGGCCAAUGCUCUCCUUUAUCUCCACAUGGACAUUUUUCCAAUUCAUCAUUAUGGUCAUUUUCCGAACGUUCAACAAUGUCAUCAUUUGUUCAAAGUCCACAAGUUGAUCUGCAGAGUGAUGGUGAUGUCUUGGCCACAGAGAAUGUAUGCGAUCCCUAUAGAGUACGUGGAAAAUUAAGUUGGGCAGACAUUGGAAACUAUGGGUUAGCUGUUGAGGUAUCUUGGAUGUCAGUUGGUAAGAAGCAACUGGAAUAUGCUGCUGGGGCAUUGCGGAGAUUCAGAUCACUUGUUGAGCAACUGGCCAAAGUGAAUCCUAUCCACUUGAGCUGCGACGAGAAGCUGGCUUUCUGGAUCAACUUAUAUAAUGCACUGAUCAUGCAUGCUUACUUGGCUUAUGGAGUUCCUAGAAGUGACUUGAAGCUAUUUUCAUUGACGCAAAAGGCUGCAUACACAGUAGGAGGACAUUCUUUUAGUGCUGCUGCUAUUGAGUAUGUUAUUUUGAAGAUGAAGCCACCAGUUCACAGGCCUCAAACUGCAUUACUUCUUGCCCUUCACAAACUGAAGGUAUCAGAAGAGCAACGGAAAUUCUCAAUUGAGACGUUUGAACCCCUUGUUGCAUUUGCUCUAAGCUGUGGGAUGUACUCUUCACCUGCGGUAAGAAUAUAUACUGCCAAGAAUGUCAAAGAGGAGCUAAAAGAAGCUCAGCGUGAUUUCAUUCGAGCGUCGGUAGGGGUGAGUAGUAAAGGGAAGCUCCUGGUUCCAAAGAUGCUGCACUGCUUUGCCAGGGGCUUUGUUGAUGAUUCCAAUUUAGCCGUCUGGAUAUGUCGCUACCUUCCACCAAACCAGGCUGCUUUUGUGGAACAAUGCAUGUCACAUAGGCGGCAGAGCUUCCUUGGCUCCCGUAAUUGUGGCAUCCUGCCCUUUGAUUCUCGCUUUCGGUACCUGUUUCUACCUGAUUAAUCUUAUUAUGAUCCUCCAACUUCACAUUCUUGUGUCCAAGUGACAAUUCUUGAAAUUGGGUCUCAGUCAACCUUCACAACUUAUGCUUCGGCAAUAUGAUAAUCAACUUGGGCGGUUGUGUUUUCGGCAUCUCUGCUCAUGUUCUAAGCUCACGGUGCCCACUGAUAUCUGGCCAGACAUUAACCAAUAGGGAAAAUGUUUCGUGCUGCCAUGGCAGGUGAUGCUAUAUUCUUCACCUUAUAGCUGGUGCCGGUUGGGUCUUCGGCUUGAAGACCUUUUUGUUGCAUUCCCGGGAAAAUUGUAAAUUUUGACUGAUGAGCAGAUGUAGACAUUGACAUGCCAUCAAACAGUGUAAGUUGCUAUAGAAAAAAAACCAAAUAAUAUGCUUCCAAAAUUGUAUCAAAUGUGAAAGUUGUAAUAUGAUCUGAUUGUUGGUCAGUGAGACAAAAGUAGAUAUGCUGUACAGUUUAAUUGA